AUGGCAAUCAAGGAUCAGGGCGGGGAACACCGAACACGAGAGCAGACGGCCGACGAGCUGUACGGCGAGCCAGAGAACUUUUUGGAGGUGGAGGUGCGCAACCCGGCGACGCACGGGUCGGGCCGCAGGAUGUUUACUGACUACGAGAUCGUGUGCCGCACCAAUAUCCCGGUGUUCAAGUUCAAGACGUCGGCGGUGCGGCGGCGGUACAGCGACUUCGAGUGGUUCCGCGAUAUGCUGGAGCGGGAGUCGUCGCGGGUCAAUAUUCCGCCGCUGCCGGGCAAGGUGUUUACCAAUCGGUUUGCCGACGACGUGGUGGAGGCGAGGAGGGAAGGGCUGGAGCGGUUCCUGCAGAUAGUCGCGGGCCAUCCGCUGCUGCAGACCGGGAGCAAGGUGCUGGUGGCGUUUAUCCAGGACCCGAACUUUGACAAGGAGACGUAUAUCAUGUAG